AUGGUCAUCCGGAAAGAGAAGAAGAGCUGCGGGCAGGUGGUUGAGGAGUGGAAGGAGUUCGUGUGGAACCCGAGGACGCACCAGUUUAUGGGCCGCACCGGGACCAGCUGGGCCUUUAUCCUCCUCUUCUACUUCAUCUUCUAUGGCUUCCUCACGGCCAUGUUCACCCUCACCAUGUGGGUGAUGUUGCAGACGGUUUCUGACCAUACUCCCAAGUAUCAAGACCGACUGGCCACACCAGGCUUGAUGAUUCGCCCCAAGACUGAGAACCUUGAUGUCAUCGUCAAUGUCAGUGACACUGAAAGCUGGGACCAACAUGUUCAGAAACUCAACAAGUUCUUAGAGGCUUACGACGACUCCGUCCAAGCUCAAAAGAAUGAUAUCUGCCGCCCUGGACGCUAUUAUGAACAGCCUGAUAACGGAGUCCUCAACUACCCAAAACGUGCCUGCCAAUUCAACCGGACCCAGCUGGGUGACUGCUCUGGGAUUGGAGACCCUACUCAUUAUGGUUACAGCACUGGACAGCCCUGUGUCUUCAUCAAGAUGAACCGGGUCAUCAACUUCUACGCAGGAGCAAACCAGAGCAUGAAUGUUACCUGUGCAGGGAAGCGAGAUGAAGAUGCUGAGAACCUUGGCAGCUUUGUCAUGUUCCCUGCCAAUGGCAACAUCGACCUCAUGUACUUCCCAUACUAUGGCAAAAAGUUCCAUGUGAACUACACGCAGCCCUUGGUGGCUGUGAAGUUCCUGAAUGUGACCCCUAAUGUGGAGGUGAACGUGGAAUGCCGCAUCAAUGCCGCCAACAUUGCCACAGAUGAUGAGCGAGACAAGUUUGCUGGCCGUGUGGCCUUCAGACUCCGCAUUAACAAAACCUGA